CUUUGCUGAGUCUUGGUAAACUAUUACCAAUGGCUGCUUCCUUGGAUACGAAACCGCACAGCCACAAUUACUCACUUCACAGCCACGAUUACUCAGUGCAACUGAUCAUCAGACCCCGGGUCCCGUUCCUCCUCCUCCUGGAUUCCGCAUCCGCUCAUCGAUCGCGCGAUGUAUUUUGGGAAAUGAGCAGGUGGCGAGCAAAUGGACGGCUGCCGGGUCGACGAGUUUCAUCCUCGAGAAAUGAUCGAUAUAAGUAUGGCGCCGAAACUCACGCGCGCAGGCAAGGUGAGAUAAGCCGGUUUCUACCGUUGACCACUAUGGACAUGGUCUAUUAUCACGAUCGGAUCUGACUUGUGC